AUGGCGUCGCAGGGUGGCACAACCUACAACGACGCAAUCGAUGCCCUGAACUCCCUCCAGACUCCCUUCGCCAUAAUCGAGGCCCGCCGGAAGGCCGGAAUCCGUCCCGAUGCAGCGUCCAUCGCAGAGAUGCGUGCGUACCUCCGGCGCAUCGGUCUGGCGCCAUCGGACCUCGACCGGUUGAACAUUAUCCACGUCGCCGGAACAAAGGGGAAAGGCAGUACCUGCGCGUUCGCGGCCUCGAUCCUGCAGCAGUACCAGAAGGCGCACGGAGUCCCGCGCAAGAUUGGCUUGUUCACCAGCCCGCACCUGAUCGCGGUGAGGGAGAGAAUACGGAUCAACGGCGCCCCGAUUGCGGAGGACUUGUUCGCCAAGUACUUCUUCGAGGUCUGGGACCUGCUAGGGAAGGCGGAAGAGGCGGAAAAGGCCCAGGGUGAGGACCCUGUGUCGGAGGGUGAGAGGGGCGGCGUGCCGAUGGCUACGAGGCCCAUCUAUGCGCGGUACUUGACACUCAUGAGCUACCACGUCUACCUCAAAGAAGGCGUCGACGUUGCUGUUUACGAGACUGGUAUCGGAGGCGAGUAUGACGCCACCAAUAUUGUCGAGCGACCCGUGGCCGCUGGAAUCAGCACUUUGGGCAUCGAUCAUGUCUUUGCCCUUGGAGAUACGGUUGACAAGAUUGCUUGGCACAAGGCUGGCAUCAUGAAACUGGGCAGCGCUGCCUUCACCAUUGAGCAAGUUCCGGAGGCUGCAGAGGUACUCCAGAAGCGCGCAAAUGAGAAGAAGGUCGAACUUAAAGUCUUGGGAGUCGACUCAAGACUUAAAGGGGUUGAUGUCCGACCGGAUGCUUUGUUCCAGAAGAAGAAUGCAAGUCUGGGGGUUGCGCUAGCCGAGGCAGCGCUUCAGAAGCUCGACCCGAGCUUCAAACAAAACUUGGACCAGUUGCCAAAGGAAUUCGUUGACGGACUGGAGCAAGUUAUUUGGAGAGGCAGGUGCGAAGUCAAGACUGAAGGACCGCUCGUCUGGCAUGUCGAUGGUGCGCAUACCGUCGAUAGUCUCAAGAUGGCCACGAAGUGGUUUGCUGGCGAGUGUGCUAGCAGACAAGGACCGAAAGCCUUGAUUUUCAACCAGCAAGGUCGAACGGAAGCCGUGGACUUUCUUGAUGGGAUGGUCGCGGCACUCAAGUCUCAGGGUCAAGGCUCAUUUGACCAUGUGGUUUUCUGCACAAACGUUACCUACGCUGUCACGGGGUAUAAGCGUGACUUUGUAAAUCAUCAGUACGACCCAGCGGCCAUUGAGAAGCUCACGGCGCAGCAUCAGUUCGCGGAGAAAUGGUCUGCCCUGGACCCGAACGCGAAAGUGGUGGUAUUGCCAACCAUUGAGGAUGCAAUCAAUCACGUCAGAGAUUUGGCCAAGGAUGUAGACGGCCAAGAGACAGUGCAGGCGCUCAUAACCGGCAGUCUUCACCUGGUAGGUGGCGCAUUGGGAAUACUAGAAAAGGCAGACGCACUAUGA